GGUAGACCUCUUCGACCGCGACACUCUUCUGAUUGUUUCUGGGGAUUUGAACUCCCGCACUGUUUUGCCAGAGGGCGUUGACAUUCUAACCGAAACCUUAAGAGAUGAACGCUACUGUGCGGCAAUUUCCGCGCGAUUAAUCGAAGGACACGGUAACUGGAUCGAUCUCUCUACAGCUUGUGGAACACAGCAUUGGUUGACCUACAAAUUCCACGAGCAUUACCAACAACGAGCAGCACUUUCGAUGGAAAACGUAGUGAAGAUGGUUGGUGCUGGUGGGCCUAUCACUCAUGGGUAUCCAGCGUCUACUGGUGUGGUUUCUGGUACUACACAAUCCUCAGGAGUCAACCAUCAACCGCACCGGGAUACGCACCAACCACCAUACCAUAGCAAAAUAUCCUCAUCGAGUGCACCUUCGACUCAGCGUCCACCAAACUAUGCACCUCUUCCGAAUGGUCGUCUCGACACCGCCGCUGCGAAAGAAAAGCUUUACGCCUUCAAUCCGUUAGGACGCGAUCCGCACCAGCAUGUUCCAAGUAGCCCGCCUAAUUCUGGACCGUCAUCGUCUUCUUCGACAUCGUUCAGCACCACAUCAGUAUCAGCUGGUGGGGCAGCGUCACACAGGACAACAACACCAUCAAAUAGUACAAAACCAACAAGUUCUUCUUCUACUUCUUCCUCCUCCUCUAGCACAACUAAAAAUAAUGCGCAAUUUGGUGCCGGAGUAUCAAACGCGAAUAGCAUCCCUCGCGAUCCUCUUCUCUCAGACCCCUACUAUGUCGGUUUGGAGCGCUUGCGGCAUAAGCUAGGCGAAGAAGUCUUCCACAGAGACAAAGUCGAAGAGGGGAAGCGCUUCAAAAGGUUCCAUUUUCCUGCAGCGGCAGACCGGUUAUUGCUCUUCCAGCCACGCGGCGGCGCCUGCGACUAUUUGCAUAUCAACGAGCUUGAUAUCAUCCCGAUCGGGGAACAAACAGGGAGUGACCACAAGCCAUUGGUAGUGACUUUUGACAUGUAUAUCAAAGACGCUGCUGCUGCGCGUGGAGGAUCCACAUCUUCGACGAGGAAGAUAUCUGCACCAGCACAACAUCCGAAUAGUACAACCACACCUGCAGCAGCAACAUCUUCAUCAACUAGUACUACUGGUGGGUCGUCGAAUGCGCAUACGCAUUCAAAAAAUUCAGCGACAACGACCACUCAAGAAGUAGCUGCAGGUUCAAAGUCCAACAUGGGAGAGGACACAAAAACGCACCAUCUCGUACCAUCACAACAAGUAAAAACGAAGCCCACACCAUCAACAUCAUCAACACUACAACAGGACCAUUCUCUUGAUGGCCACGGCGUGCAGAAUGGUGUUAAAAGCUCCCAGCUACCACAUGGCGCACAUGAUCCUGCACCUCCACCCCCUGCUCCUCCACCACCACCAACAACAAGUUUCUUGAGCACCACCGCAUCGACUAGGAGGAGCCUCCAAGUCACAGCGAACGCAAAGAUCGUCACUGUAGGUGGAGUCUUUUCUCGUACGAAUGGUGGUACUAUAUCUUUGGGAGGUAGUUCUCAUCCAGGAGGUCAUCUAGGAGGUUUACAAUUAGACCACGACCCUUCUGGCAGCUGCGCGGCCAGCGCACCAGCAUUAUCCGAUAACUCGUCACCCUCUCUAGCUGUAGUCGAUCUACACGAUGAUGAGGACUCUGAUACAGAUCAAACGUGAUAGAAACUGAUGAAGAAAAUGUAAAUGAAUGAAUCUUCUACAUCUAGUACUUACUUACAACUUACAGCUGGUAGUUGUACUUCUAAUCUACUUCUAGUAGAACCAUGAUGUGAGGAUUGGACGGUAAUAUGUCGAACAACUUUACUCCCUGUCGCACGUCAUUCUCUCGCUACUCGUUCUCGUUCGAGAUGUUUCGUGUUAUGGGACCGAAACAGGGCUUGGGCUAGCGGUAGCGCUGUCGUUGG